AUACAUACAGAAUGACAAUUUGAGAAUACCGUAACGGGAGGUGGGUGCUGAUCCACAGCCCUAGUAGAUGACCCCUAGGCUCGUGAAAGGUCACGCUGCUGAUUCGGUAUGAUGCGCCUGCUGCGUUUACGCUACUUUGGGAUUCACGAAAGCAGAUACGCCGAAAGCGCGCUUAGCGUAUAGCGGUACCACCAGCGCAGUUACAGCUUGUAAACACUAUGCAGGCUUGUAUGAAAACUGAUUUCUGAGGACCCGGCUUUAAAUCACCGUAAAGAUUGAAUAAGAUGGCGCACUUAGACCUGGGGGAUGUAGGGCUCCGGCGGAUGAAAGAGGAGGAUAUUGAGGCUGUAAAAGCUCUCAUCAAGCAAGGAUGUGAAGGGAUGGAGAACCGGCUUAUCCUGCACCUCAUUACUAGACCAUUAGCAGUCCUUCUGCUCGCCACAGUCUCUUCUGUGCUCCGCUUUGUAGUGCACUCCUUUAUGCUAGCCUUGUUUAUCCCUGUUUUCCUUCUCAUCAUAUACCUCAAGCUCACCAUCCCGCGGUCCAUGGGUAUCCUGGGCUCCAGCAGGCCCUACUGGGACUACCUGGGCAGCAGCUACCAUGCUAGUUCCCAACCAGACAUACUAAACCCACAUGCUGCCAAAGCCAAGCUUAUGACUGACCAAGAGAAAGCCAAACGUCGCAAAAAAGGUAAAGAGAAGUUUAAAAGCAAAGAGGUGGAAAAAGGAAAGGCUGAAGACAGAGAGAUGGUGGAUGAAGAUGAUUUAAAGGAACGGGCCCGUAUUGCAGGGGAAGUUUGGGUCGCAGACAGGGAUGGUGAAGUGCUUGGAUGCGUCGCACGAGAUGGCUGGAGUCGGCAUGGCGUGUACCGUAUCUGUAGGCUGGUAGUGCAGAGCUGGUACCGUAGAGAAGGGCUCGGCAGGCUCCUAGUCCAGAGCAUGGAGUCCAGAGCCAAGCAGUGUGGAGUGCACAGGGUCUAUGCUCACGUGCCCUUCCCUUCUAAACUAGGAGAGGCUUUCUUCAGAAAACUGGGCUACCGACUCCAGGGAGAGACUUCUGGGGUGGAAGGUGAGGAGGAGGAGGAGGAUUAUGAGGAGCCAGGAAAAGGCUGGUUGGGCUUUCCAGUGACAAAGGUGUUCGUUAAAGAGCUAUAGCAGUGAGCGGGCAUAUCUUUUCUAACUACAUUUUGAACUUAUGAAGUAGUUAUGUAAUUUGUGACAUUACAGAUUACUAAAUUUCUGUAAAAUCACUACAAUGAGUAAAAUGACACAAUUUCUUAAUUUAAAAUGUCUAUUAUUACUGUUUAUUUGUUGUGUGACAUUUUUUUCUUUGCUUAUUUUUGUCUUUAUUUAUUAAUUUCAUUGCAUUUUAUUUAUGUUGCUGCACUGUAACAGACUAGUACUGAACUGCCAUGUUUUUUUUGUCUGUGAAAAAAAAGAUUUAAAUAAAUUUUCUCUGAGAUUGGUUUUA